AACCCGACACGUCAGCGCGAUCCUCGCGCCAGCGCACCGGUCCUAGGCCAGCCCAGACGAUCGGCAUCCACCAGACACGAUGGACGUAUCUACGGACACCGCUACCCUGGGUCCCAAUGCCGACGCCGCCCGGGAAGCCAGCAAGGCCGCUAGCCAGCCCGAGCUGGGAGACGAAGGCGUGAUCGCAGGCGGCCUGAGGCCGUCGUCGAGGGAGGCGGCCAAGCCUUCCGGUGAGGCAACCCGCUCCCCGUCUGGAGACGAGGUGCCGUCCCCGGCGAGGCCCGUCGUCGAGGAGGCGCCCCGCGCUGAGGGCGAGGGCGCGACUCCCACCGCAGCCGACGCGAAGCCCGACGACGCCAAGGCGAUGGCGCCGCCGCCCGCGGACGCCGAGGUUGCCUCGCAGACCGACGACGAGCCGAGCAAGGACGCGAAGAGUGACAUCGCCGACAAGCCCGCGUUCAACGCCGAGCCCGACGCGCCUCCACCGACGCGAACCUUCACCUUCAAGGUGGGAGGCCUGGCGUAGGUAGGGGUCCUGGUGGCCUUCUGCUGGGUCAGAAAGGCCGCACGGCAGGCUAGCCGCAAUCGCCCCCUCAAGAACAAUGACCGCUGCCUGCUCCUCACAGCGUUUGUCUCUGCUCUGCUCCUAGCUUCACACACUUGCUCUCAGAAGGGACAGCUAUCGCCCAGCGCGCAACCCGAUCAGGAUAAAUAAAAAAAAUUCUGCUGUCGUUCC